AUGACACUCUGCCUGGCUAUGUUGGCGCUCCUCGGCGCCUUGGGGAUUGCCAACCCUCAAAAGCAAUCAAGCUUUGGAAUUGGGGCUGUGGUCAUCAUUUUCAUCUUCCACUUCGUUUCCUUCAGCUCUUGGAUGAUUCUCAACUACACCUAUCCGCCACGGAUUCUCCGGUUUGGUCAGCGAGCGAAGGGCUUUGCCCUGGCGCAAGCGACAGGAUUUGCCUUCUGCGUCAUGAUGACCUACAUACUUCCUGUUGCGCUCGAGAAAAUGGGUUGGCGUUUCUACGCGACCAACGCAGCCUGGAACCUAGGGAUUCUCGCGAUAAUAUGGUGGCUCUUCGUUGAAACCAAAGGAAAAACUCUCGAGGAAAUCGACGCCUUAUUUGAGGGAGUCGUGCACUUCGAAUCGGGUGCCGAGAAGCUGAAUGCAACUGUCAUUGAGGGCGUGGAAGAGAUAGCUGAUGGCACUUCAAAGAUCGAGGCUUCCAGGAAGAUGAAGGAAAGUAGUCUAAACCGACAGACUUCACCUGCCCAGUGA